AUGACUUUGCCUUCGGAUACAUCUGAGAACAACAGGGUGCAGAAUGAGAAAGAGAAGGUGUCCAGAACUCCUUGGCCGCUCGUGGUCACAGUCAUCUGCACCAUGUGUGGACAAGUGGCUACUGGGAUUUGUGGAGGGGCACUCAACUCGCCAGAGGACUUUAUAAAGCACUUUAUGAACGAGACAGCUAUAUCACGUGGUCAAGACCCACUAUCUGAUGAUCGUCUGACGUCUUACUACGCUCUCUUGUCGGCCCUCGUGCCCCUUGGUUCCGUUAUUGGCUCACCGCUGACUCAGUACACAGCGGAUACCAUAGGAAGGAAGUUGCUGCUGCUGGUCUCUGCUGUUCUUGGCGUGGUGGCCGCACUGCUGAUGGGGCUCUCAGUAGAGUUCAGAAGCCCUGAAAUGCUGUUUGCGGGGCGAGUGAUGGCCGGCGUGAUGUGUGGUGACAGUGUUACAGUUGCUCACCACAAGGUCACAGGUCCGUCCUGUCAUUCUCCUGAUCGGAUCAUUCGUCUGUUUCUUCUUCACCGGCAUCGUCGUUCUGGCGUUCUACUCCGUGAGCGUGCUGACGUCAGCGGGGUUGUCGCCGCGCGUGGCCAGGUACUUAACCCCAGCAUUUACCUUGGUCGGCAUCAUCGAGUCUCUCAUCCUUGUCUUUAUCGUUGGGCGCCUGAAGCGACGGUUCUGAUGCUGGGAGGCCUGGCGGGGAUGCUCUUGGCUCAGGUUGUCCUCACUAUAGCCCUCCUCUACCAGGGUCAAGCAGUGUGGCUCUCGACCGUUGCUGUCGUCUCUAGUUUUGCUUUAGGCAUGUUUCACGCCGCUGGACCAGCUCAGGUGCCCUGGAUCUUGCUCCCGGAGAUCUUUGAUGCGGAGGCUCGAGGGGCUGCGUCCUCCAUUGGUGUCACAGUGAUGAACGCUUCCUCCUUCGUCAUGACCUACGCGUUCCCCCCGUUGCAGAAGUAUUGUGGGGCUUACUCCAUUCUUCUGUUUGUGGGCACGUCGGCAUUGUUCUUUAUGUUUUUCUUCUUCCUUCAACCUGAGACGAUGAGGAGCUUUGCAAAAGAAAAAGAAGAAACACAGAAUACCGUAGAAGGACCAGAGGAAAGGACACAACUGUAACGCAGGCGGACUGUCAUCACAUAUUCCGCUCACAGAUAAUGAAGAUUACACUACGUCUUCGCGGGCAACCUGAAUAAAUGGAGGUUAUUCACCCUAUUCCCUGAUACAGAAGACGAUUUCUUUCUUAAAAGCAAGAUUUUCCAGAACAAUAAACCGAAAAAAAACAAACAAAACAACACCAAAAAAGAAACAAACAAACAAACAAACACACUAUUUAACAAGACAAUCAGGAUGCCUUACAUACUCUCUUCCACUUAAAUUGUCGAAUAGAUAUGUGACCAUGUUUGUCGACUUUCAUGGAGAUCAAUUAAAGGGCAAAUCAUGUAUUGAGAAAUGUGUUUCUCAAAGCCCCCCCUUAAUUUUUUUCUGUGGAGUGACUUUGCACGUUUUCUUUAUCCAGAGAGUGUAGGGAUUUUAAUGUUGGUACACUUUUUUUUUACCCUAGCUACUUAUUCUUUCAUUAUAUGAAAUUUGAACAUUUCAACUUUGGUUAUGUGAAUAAAGCUUUGGGGUUUGGGCCAUUUAUCUGUCCACACUAACUUUUUAUAUUUAUUAAACAUAAUUAUGUAUUAUGGCCGAUAGAAAUUUUUACCCAGGAAGUUAACUUUUACACAAAGUUAGAAAUGCCCUUGAACGAUUAUUCAAUAUGAAGUAUUUGUUAAUAUACCUCUUAAAACUCUGUAUAGGCAUGAUAUAAAUAAAUGAUUGGAUGUUUUAUCACCUUGUUAUCUCAUUUAAGAGAAGUCGAUAGCAGAGAUAGCAAUUUACGAUAUUCGAUGCAAGAUAUUAUGUGAGGAGAUAUUAAAUUACAAAUAUCAUGUUCUUAUGUCUGUUAAACAAUAAAAAUGACAUUAAGUGAUAUUAAAGUUAUAGCAAUCUAACUUCUUUA